AUGUCUGUUGAGGCCCUUCAGUUCGCUCUCUCUGCGUUGAAAAACACCUACUGGCCUUACAUCGGUCGCGCGAUUGGGAAUUCAGCAAGUGGUCCUCUGUUUGAUUUGAUUGACCCAGCCUGUCUUAACCUUCCCACCAGUCUCAAAGAAUUUCAACAGCGCACCAAGCAAAAUCUCAUCCGCUUCCACGCCGUGUACGUUGUGAUAAUUACCUUCGGUCUCGUCGCAAAUCAUUGGCACGUGGCUGCUGUUGCGACAUUUCUCCACAGACUAGGCAUUUCCUCGACCAGUCUCAGUCGCGCAGACGCUCCUCCAAAUACUAGAGUUUACCGAAAUGGAAGCCUAAAAUACACACAUCAUUUGAUGCGUGGUAUGUGGGUUUCAUUGAGCUUAUGGUCACUGCGAAGCAUAAUGUCGACCACACUGCAAUUCGCGAUGAUAUGCACAGUGCACGCCGCGUUGCUGGAUGCGAAGACAAGACCACCAGCGAAGCAGUCUUCAUGA